GCAAGUCGCCAUAUAUUACGGAAGUCAUCACCAUCAAUAAUUAUUCUCUCCCAAACUUCCCACCAUUAAUCCUCUGUUUUACGCAAAUUGAAACCAUGAAUCUGCAUCCACUUUCAAUGGUUGUGCUAUUUCUUUUCGUUCUCAUCAAAUUCACAUCUGCCAUUGGUGAUCCACCUCACCUCACUGGUGAUGUUUCGAUUAAUUGCGGUUCCAUAGGCACUUCUGCAGCAAAUAAUGGCGGGGAAUGGAUUGGAGAUAUACAGCCAAAAUCUUCUUUCUUGCUACAAGUGAAGGGCUCGUCAACCACAUCAACUGUCGUCCAUAAUUUGAUCUCUGCUGAUCCAGUUCCCCACAAAACCGCAAGAAUCUCUCAAUCUCAAUUCUCAUAUGCAUUUCAAGUGAGCCCAGGUCAGAAAAUUCUCCGCCUUCACUUUAAUCCCACUUCAUAUAAAGGUUUCAAGGGGUACAAGGACCUAUUCACUGUUGAAGCCGGUCCUUUUACUCUGCUCAGUAACUUUAGCGCCUCUCUUACUGCUGAUGCUCUCGGUGUUGAUUCUUUUGUCAAGGAAUUUUGUUUAAACGUACAAGAAAAUCAACAUUUAAACAUAAUUUUCUUUCCUGAAAGCAGUCAAUCAUUAGAUACAUAUGCUUUCAUAAACGGCAUUGAGAUUUUCUCAGUGCCUGCAAGUCUUUCUUAUUUUGAAGGCGGAGAUGUUGGGCUCCAACUGGUCGGCGAGAAGUCUACGGUCUACAUUGAUUCCAGCAUUGCACUAGAGAUAAUUCACCAAGUGGAGAUUAAGAAGAAUCAUGUUCAAUCUGCUGAAUAUUCCGAUGGAACAUUUCCCAAGUGGGCGAACCGAAAUGCAAAGAUAAGAAACAAUAACACAUGGAAAAUGCCGGUGGAUGUGGGAUUCAAAUACCUGAUCAGGGUUCAUUUCUCCGAGUUGGGGCUCAAAGUUGCAGGGGCUGGUGACAAUAAGUUUAAAGUUCUUAUUAAUGAAAUGAUUGCUCGCACUUAUAUUGACAGAGUUCAAGAAAGGGAUGGAAAUAGCACGCCCUGGCAUAGGGACUAUACAGUGAUGGUGAGAGGAAAGAAAAAAGAGGGAAAACGUGAUAUCUUGAUUUCCUUGCAGUCACAUGAUGAUCUUAUAGAUGAUCGGGCACUUCUUUCAGGAUUUGAAAUAUUUAAGCUGAGCAACUCUGCUAACAGUCUAGCCAGUCCAAAUCCUUUGCCUCUAACUCGGGAUUCACCUUUCCACACUGUCCAAAUUGUAUUUCUGGUACUUUUUCAAAAAAAUGCAGUCGCGGAUAUUGCGAUAGCUAUAAUUUCUUUUGUAUGUAUCAUUGUUCAUAAGUGGCGGCAAAUUCAGGAAUCUAAUAUUACUGAGGAGGAAAACAAACCAAAGCCAAAGCCAUCUGCUAGGGCCGAACGUAUUUGUCGUUGUUUUUCACUUGACGAGAUUCAAUUAGCCACAAAAAAUUUCAGUGACGCACUUAUAAUUGGAAGGGGAGGAUUUGGUAAAGUCUACAAAGGCCACAUUGAUAAAGAGCAAACUACCGUGGCUGUAAAGAGGUUGAAAUCAAGCUCCAAGCAAGGGGUACAUGAGUUCUUGACAGAGAUCGAGACACUUUCUGAGCUCCGACAUGCUAACCUUGUUCCUCUAAUUGGUUAUUGCAACGAGUACAGAGAAAUGAUUCUUGUCUAUGAAUACAUGCCACGUGGAACCUUGGCCAACCAUAUUUACAAACUUGCAAGAGAAGACAAUAUGUGUUCUUCUCUUACGUGGAAGCAACUCCUUGAUAUUUGCAUCGGAGCUGGUCGCGGACUAGAUUAUCUUCACACAGGCCACGGGAUCAUACAUCGAGAUGUAAAGGCUACAAACAUUCUCCUUGAUGAAAAUCUCAUAGCUAAGGUCUCCGAUUUUGGCUUGGCCAAGCCUGAAAACAGAAGCAAGUUACAAAGCUAUGUUAGCACGAAUGUUAAAGGUACAUUUGGAUACCUUGAUCCAAAUUAUUUCCGCACUCGUAAACUAACCAGGAAAAGUGAUACUUACGCAUUUGGAGUGGUGUUGUUGGAAGUAUUGUGUGGGAGGUCCGUUGGGGAUUUGAUAGUUACAGAGAAAGAGCAAGUUCUAACCACAUGGGCUCGAGAUAAGAUUGACAUGGGAGAAGCUGAUCAAAUCGUAUCAACGAGUCUGAGGGAGGAGAUCUCACCAAAUAGCCUCAAAACAUUUGUUGGAGUUGCCCAAAGAUGCUUGUCUGAUAAACCGAAAAACCGGCCAACAAUGUCUCAAGUUGUGUCACAACUUGAGUUGGCUGUUGAGCAACAGGAGAUUAAUAAUGAUAAAGAUGGCCUAUCUGUUCAGACGGGGCAACCAACAAUUUUCUCUACGGUUGUACAGAAUUUCACACUUUAUCCGAAAGAACAUACUAAUAGCAAUGUGGCUAUUGUUCAGCUUCCAAAUAGUGAUGAUAAAGAUGGUCAUUCAGUUCAGGGGCAACCACCAAUUUUCUCUACAGCUGUGCAAAAUUUCACACCUCCUCCACAUGAACAAACUAAUAGCAAUGUGGUUAGUGCUCGGCUUCCAAAUAAUGAUAAUAAUUAUGGCCCACCAGUUGAGACGGGGCAACCACCAAUUUUCUUUACGGCUGUGCAGAAUAUCACACCUCCUCCACAUGAACAAAUUAAUAGCAAUGUGGUUAGUGCUCAGCUUUCAAAUAAUGAUAAUAAAGAUGGCCCAUCAAUUCAGACGAGGCAACUACCAAUUUUUCCUAUAGCUGUGCAGAAUUACACAUCUCCUCUGCAGGAACAAACUAAUAGCAAUGCGGUUACUGCUCAGCUUGCACUCAAGAAAAAUGAAUUGCAAUCAUUGUCAGGUACAAAUUCAAUAAAUAGUGACUAAAAACUUGUUUAUUCAUAUCUUGAUCUUCAAGCUUGUUAUGGUCUAUGUUAAUGUAUUUAUGAUGUUAUCUGAAAUGUAAAAAUUAGCGGAGUUUGAUCGGGGUACGACUACAUGUGCCAAUAAUGAAUCUUGUUCUACAACGAGGACUAUGAGAUCGCAUCCGGAAUUAUGUACACAUUUUUGGCUCGAAGAGAUCAAAACAGCAACAGACAACUUUGACGAAAGUUCCAUCAUCGGCAGGGGAGAGUUCUUCGAUGUGCACAUAGGGAUCAUUGACGGUGUUGAUGCUGACGGCACCGCUACCACCAGCGCGGUGGCCAUCAAAAGGC